AUGUCGGUGUACAUUCAGCUAACACAUGACCUGUCGGGAACAGUUACGGCUGUGACAAUUGGAGAUUGGAUUUUAGGGAUUCUGAAGCAGAAGAACAUCCAAGAGUACGAAGUGUUCUUUAAGAAAUUUUUGAACAUAUAUCAGAAGCAGGACAAAGACUCAGAGAGUAAUAACAGAUCAGAGAUAUUUUCACUAUUACUAUCGGCUAGCGAUUUUAUAUUUGAGACAUUAGUAGAAACAAAAAAGAAGAACAAGAUAAAGGUGAUAAUUGAUAAUAAGGAAAGCAUAAAAAGUUUCAACGAGUUUUACAAGGAAGUGGAAGAAUACUUUGUUAUUUUAAUAUCCAUUUUGCAGUUAGAAUUUAAAAGUGUAGAAGAUUUAAAUAAUGCAACAAAUAAUUUUAUCAAAGCUAUUAAAAAUUUUAAUGUUUUUCCAGAAUUGAGAUUAAAAAUUUUACAACUAUUAUACAACUCAUUCAGUGUAAACUUUUCCUUUAGAUUUCCAACAUUCAUUGCUAUACUACAAUUUUCAUCACAAAAUAAUAUUUUUCAUUUUAUAUUACCAUAUAUAAAAUUUAUCGAUCAAUGGAUUAAAGAGUGGAAUAUUAGUUCACGUGAAAAGAGACAAAUAUAUUUGAUUAUAGCACAAGAAUUAAAGAAGUUAAAAAAGUAUGAAGAUUCAUUUAAACAUUUAAAAAAACACAUUUAUUAUUUCCAAAAAGAAGGACAGGAAUUUUUAAAUCAUCCAAGUACAAUCAAUGCAAGUAUUGAAUUAAUAGUGGAUUCGAUUAAUCUAAAUAAUAACAUUUAUUUUCAUGAAUUAUUAACUUUGGACGCUAUUCAGAAUUUACAAAAUAUUCAUGAACAUCAGCCUAUUUUCCAGUUAUUAACAAUAUUUUACAAAUAUAGUAUUCAUGAAUUUUUAACUUUUAAAAAUAACUAUGGUGUCGAGUUUUUUACAAAAUAUAACAUUGAUCUAGAAAUUGCAGAAAAUAAAAUUUAUCUAUUAUCCAUUAUAUCACUGUUUAAAGAUGCCAAGGUACAAAAUAUACAAUAUAUAUCUGAACAACUUAACAUUACAACUAUAAAAAUUGAAAAAAUUCUAGUUGCUGCUAUUGGAAGUGGUGUUAUUGAGGCCAAAAUUGACCAAAUAAAUAAAAGUGUCCAAAUGAAAACUACCAUUUUGAGACAUUUUGAUGACACCCAUUGGGAAAUUCUAAAUUCACAAAUUACCAAGUAUAUAAAUAAUGUGCAAAAAAUACUGGAUAUGACAACAACACGUACGAGGGGUGGUGUUAUGUCUAACAAGUAA